AUCUCUGCCCGCCAUGCCCGUCUCGCGCCACCGCACACAGCGAGAGAUCUCCCGCCAAUCCUUUGCCGAAUCCGACUCGGGUGGCGACACAGAACGCGAGCAAACUCCCCGCCCACACACCGCGCGCAACUUCUCCAAGAAACGCCUCAGCGAACGCUUCGACCCUGACGGCAGCUUCAAUCUUGACGACGCAACAAAUGGUACCUCCAAGGCGCGCCCUCCUCUCAAGAGCGUCAACAUAAACGACGAUGUUGCGGAGAAGCGGCGCCGCAGGAAGAGCGCGAAGGUCGUCCUGCCCCUCGACCCAGAUGACGAACCAGAAGCUGGGCCCUCCAACUCUGCGAACUCCCAUGACGCUACCGACGGGGCCGCUGAAGGCUCCAGAGCCGCAAAUCUAGCUAAGCAGAAGAGCCAGCUCUUGAACGUACCCCAGGUUCCGGUCAUCAACGUACCCAUAGACGUUAUGACCUCCAACUUUGACCAGUGGAUGAAGAUGGCAACCGAUAACAAAAUCAAUGCCGCAAAUUCCUGGAAUUUCGCCCUCAUCGACUACUUUCACGACAUGUCCCUUCUGCGCAACAACACCGACAAUUCCAUCAACUUCCAACGCGCAUCCUGCACCCUUGACGGCUGCGUCAAGAUCUGGACCUCCCGUGUCGACUCCGUCGGCACCGAGACCGGCAAGCUUCUCAGCAACCUCGCCAACGGCGGUCACGACCCCGAGGACGGCGAAGGCUCUGACGACCCCGACGGUGCCGACCCGAGUCAAAGCCAACGCAAGCGGAAAGCGUACCGGAGCGAGUCCACUCUCGCCAAGAACCCCGCCCAGCUCCGUACCAAGAAGCUCGAGCUCGAAUUCAGCGUCGAUCCUCUCUUCAGGAAGACGUGCGCCGACUUCGAUGAGGGCGGCGCGCAGGGUCUGCUCAUGAACCAUCUCGGCCUGACCGUCACCCCCAAUGGCGGUCUCCGCGUCGUGUUCGACGCGAGCGACUCAGUGGCCAAGGGAGAGGAAGAGGAGCAGCCUCUGGAGGAGCCUCGCGACGAGGUUGAUCUCAGCUUUCUUCGAGAACAAUUCAUCCCAAAUCUCGACAGUAUUGAGGAGCAAGAAAUCUCACACUCUCUUGAGGACUUUGCUUUCGGCAAGGACAGCUUCUCGAUGGACAACACGACCUUCUUCCGAGACGGUGCGCUUGCGUUGGACGACGAUGACGACGAUGGGAACGAUGGCUUUGGCGACGCUCCUGAUAUCGAUAAUGCGAUGGACGUAGACGGCGUCCCGAACAGCGCCGCUCCAGUCGAAGACUUUUUCGUUGGGGACCAAGCCAUCCCGGAGGACUAUGGCGACUUUGGCGCGGAGUAUGGCCCUGACGGCGAUACCACCUCCGUCGGUGGGUCGGACGGCGCACCCGGAGAGCAGAAGCAGGGUCAGUUUGUUGCCUUCGACCCGAGGCAUCCGCCGAACGAGCGCGAUUUCGUGAUGGCGGUCGGUGAAGACGGUGAAGGCAUGGCGAACUACUUUGAUCAGAAUUACUUCAAGAAGAACUGGGCAGGGCCAGAGCACUGGAAGCUCAGGAAGGUAGUCCGCCGACCUGAUGCCACCGAUGCGGCUGCGUCAAGACCAAAGCGGGAAAAGAAAGAAGCGUUCAGGAUCGACUUCCUUGCCCCUCCAGAGGAAGAUGUGAAGACGCGGAAGAAGAAGCUUUUCGCGCCCGUCGUCCGAGGUGCUGGCAUCAACCUUCCAGGACCAGCCGCUUCCAAGAAGGGGCGCGGUAAGAGGGGUAAAGGCAAGGACAAGGAAGAGAAGCGCAACAACCAGACUUUGCCGGACGACAUGCACUUCUCAACCAAGAGUCUAGUGACCUUGUUCCUUAAGCCGAGAUUCUCGCUGAAAAUGCGUGGACAUCGGUUACGCCUAGAUGGGGUCCCAGAAGGCGAGGUCAACGAGGCGUUCUGGGCGCAAGCAGCGGCGAAUCAAGCGGCGGGUGCUGGCGGAGAGGCUGGAGAUGAUAGCGCGAUACCGUUCGACACCCAGUUCUUCCACGACGACGACUUUGACGACGGGCCAGGCUUUGAUGAUGUCGAUGAUGGGGUGGAUGGCGGCCUACCUGUUGAGGCGGACGAGCAAGAUCUCCUCGCAGCCACACAGGGUCAAACACGCCGUGUGAAGCCUGAAACGGUCAACUACGCCAAGCGGGCGAAGCGGGUGGAUGUCCGGAAACUCAAGGAGAACAUUUGGAAGGGCCUUGAGAUCGUCGCGCCUCCAGUCGAGGAUGGCGAAGAUGCUAUGGACACAGAUGACCAACAGCCCACAGACCCAACGGAAGCAAGACCUUUCACGUCGGUCAUCACUGGUCUGCAGAAGACGUACACCAAGGACAAGAUGGACGAGAUCAGCACCAGCUUCUGCUUCAUCUGUUUGCUCCAUCUGGCGAACGAGCGGGGACUCAAGCUCGAGGUCGAUGGCAAGGUCGAAGAUGACGACGAGGAUGAGGAUGCGGCUGUUGGUGACAGCAACAAAGUUGGUAACCUAUGGGAUCUGAAGGUCUACAGAGACCCCAAUGCCGCACCGGCCUCAUGAGGGCUUGCUUCUCGACUUCGUGGCGUUACUUAUUGACGCACUGUGUGUAUAGCUGUUCUUUCGGUUUUGUUGUUGUCCAAGAUAUCUGCUUAGGUAGUACGGUGCUGAAUUUUGAUUAUACCUAUUUC